AUGCUAAGAAUUCGCCUACGGAGAGUCGGAAAGAAAGGUAAACCGUCGUACAGAAUCGUGGUAGCGGAGGCCAGCGCACCGCGUGACGGAGCCUAUGUGGAAUGGAUCGGGAAUUACGACCCGAUGGUUGACCCACCCGCGUACACCAUUAAAAUGGAGCGGGCUCAAGAGUGGAUGGGAAAGGGCGCCCAACCAUCGGACGCAGUCCAACGUAUCUUGGACUGGACCGUUGCAGCCAAGAACGCCAUUGUUGAGAAUGAGGAAGAAAGCGACGUAGAAGAGGCGGAUGCAAUGGCGGCGUCUGCUGAGUCCGCUGGGGAACACGUGGCUGGCGAGGCCGCUGAGGCAUGA